AUGAAUAUUUUAUCUGAAGAGUAUAACGAGAAUAAAAGAAUCACAGUUGCAAAAUUUACAAAAAUAUUUUCAAAAGCAAUUAAUUAGUAUACUUUGAUAAUAAUUUUCCUGAUUAUUUUAAUUUAUUUAUCACUUUAAAAUUGUGUAUAGAAUGAUUUACAUUUUUUGGUUUUUUUAGUAAUCUAAAAGCAAUUUUUAGCUUAGUUUCGUUUGGAUAAUAAUUUCAUUUCUCCAAAAAGAAUUAAAUUUAAUAGUAUUUAACUUUUCUAUAAAAAUAAAUAGUAUAGGUUCCCAUAAAUAAAAUAACAGUUGACUCAAUGGCUCAAGAAGGAAUUAAAGAAUGGAAAUUUUUGUUCUUGAUCCUACUGCAAAAUUUAGAAGGAAGGAUAUUUGUAAAAAGGCAGAUAUGCUGCAACUAUAUAUUUGAUCAUAAAAUUGUUAAUUAAAGCACAUUUUACAAAUUCAAUAACACUGUACUAUGUAUUAUAUAAUCACAAAUUUAAUGA